AGACGAAAUCGGACUUUCAAGCUCCCAAGUGAUUCUUUCAUUCGUUCGUUCAUUCAUUCAAUAAGCAUUCAAGCAUUCAAGCAUUCAAGCAUCAAGCAUCAUCAACAUGACUACCGACAACGCCAACAACGCAAAGGCCGCCGACCCUGCCAGCAACACAAGCUUGUCUUUUUCAUUGCUUCGUUUGGCAAGAUCAAAUUAUCUGUUCUUGACACCAUUGCCUAUCUUGCUGCUAAUGCUGGUAGUGGCGAUGAUGAUAAUGAUGAUGACGAAACUUCUGCUAUUGCCCCGACAGCACUCACCAAGCUUCAGGCAGCUUUGGACGAAGUUCCCCGCUUGGAGAACGAAUUGAAAAAUGUCGCCAUAUCCGUUGCUGUCUUCAUUGCUACAGCCGAGCACUACCUCUCUCGAGAAAAGCCUUCCUUGAAGCGCGCCCUCCAUACUCUUCAGGAGUGUGUCACCGCCAGGAACAUUGCUGCCUUUGAGAAGCUAGCAUCCGAGUCAUCAUUAUUGUCGUCGUCGUCGUCGUCGUUCGUCGUCGUUCAACGGAAAUAA